CAUAGGACGAAAAGGUCUAGUAGAUUGGAGAAAAUAGUCUUAGAAAAGUAUAGUUGUAAACACAUGGCAAGAGAAUCGUCAAAAAUCCGGUUGAACGGCCGGGAAUUAGGUGCCUUUGUCAAGCAAUCCGAUGAACCUGAAGACAUAUGUGAAUUGAUAUUUGAGUUCUUAGACGAAGACCUCGAAUUCCACUCGUCAGAAUGUUCGUUGGAUUCGAGCAUUAGUUAUAGUAGUGGAGAGAUAAUGCAUGAGGAGGACGAUGAAAAUGUAAACAAUAGUGAGGAGAACAAGGCGUUUUGGGCAGCACAAGGGGAGUUUCUUCAGACAACACUGUGUAGGACAACUUCUUUUGAAUCAAGAAUCAGAAAAGCUACAAAGGAGGCUCUAAAUGAACUAAAAUCAAUAGGCUUCAAUUGCAGCUGCAAGAAAAUGGUGGCCGAUAGUUGUAGGAAAUGUACACAAAAAGAAAUCUCAGAACGCCUUGGAAACGCAGGUUAUAAUUGUUCCAUUUGCAAGUCCAAGUGGAAAAGCUCACCCGAAAUGCCUUCAGGUGAACACACAUAUAUGGAAGUGGUGCAGAGCGCAAGUUCAAGAAAGGGGGAGAUAAUGAAGGUGAUCAUAGAGUUAAAUUUCAGAGGAGAAUUCGAGAUGGCACGAGCUAACGAAGAGUACAAUCGUUUAGUGACAAAAUUGCCAGAAGUAUACGUAGGAAAAAUUGAGAGGCUUAGGAAUCUAAUAAGAAUAUUAUGUUGUGCAUCUAAGAAAUGUAUGAGGGAAAAGAAGAUGCACAUGGCUCCAUGGAGGAAGCAUAAGUACAUGUUAGCUAAGUAUAUCGGCACGCCGGAGAUGAUGCCGGAGCCUGGUUUUCCGGCGGUGAACAAUUUACAACGGUUAGUAGUAAGACCAAGAGCUUAUUCUAUACUCACUUUCGAUCUGCUGGAUAGCUUACCGCCGCCGCCGCCCGGAUUAUAUUCCACGGCUAUUAAAGUUAUUUGAUGACAGGGGUGGUAAUUUGAGCUCAAACCCAUCCAACCCGCGAAGAGAUUAAUGGGUUGGGCUACAAAUAUUUUAGCUCAUGGGUCAAUUUGGACUGAGCCCAAGUUUAACCCAUUAUUUUUUAGGAAUUUUUUCAUUCCUAUACACUAUUUGAAACUUUAUUACCCUUUAUGUCCAUGUUUAUCUAAUUACCUGGUAUAAACAAGUUUUGCUUAUAAAAUAUAUAAAUUCACCUUAAAAGACUCCCAAAUCCAUUAUUUGUACCUUCAAUCAAGGGAUUUAGUUAUAUCAUUUUCCUUUUUUUCUCCUCGUUCUCUUUCUUAUCUCCAGAUUCUGUUUGCUAUACCCUUGGCCUUGUAUUGUGUUGCGAUGGUCUUGUUGUUCUUACGAGUUACGGUAUUGACGCAACGGUUUCUUUGGCUUCUUUAACUUCAUUCUGGCUGUGCUACUUUUAAUUGCUUUUCGUCUUUUCUAAUUUUUUCGAAA